AUGGGUCCCAUGAAGUUCAAAUUCCCCCGCGCGCCGCACUUCAAGGUGGCUGCGGAGGAAUGGCCACCCCAUGUUUACAUUCACAGGGGCGAGGGAAACGAGCUUAUUGUAAAGGGUCCGAUGGGGCAGCUUAUGGAUGCCAUCGCUGCUUCUCUAAAUUUCACGUACAGCGUGGUACCGGGAGACGGGUACUGGGGGGCACCACAAGAGGACGGCACGUGGAACGGCAUGAUUGGCACCGUCAUGCGAGAGGACGCGGACAUCGGCCUCGGUCCCUUUGGCAUGUCCUACACCAGGAGCAAAGUGGUCGACUUCACCGUCCCCGUCUUCCUCGAGAUGCUCCACGUCUUGGUCACGAGGCCCUUGCCGCAGCCCGACCCCUGGGGCUUCCUGGCGCCAUUCACAUGGUACGUGUGGUUGGCAUGCUCAUCUUCCGUCGUGGCCGUGAUGCUGACGAGUGCCCGGGGGUACGCGCGCUCGGCCGGGGAGGACCAACAUCCCUUGCACACCAACAUCUGUGGCUUACUACAGCAAUCACCUUUUCCAGAGUCUCCCUGGGUGCCCGGCGGGGAUAGCCUCAGGGUAGUUGUGUGGACCUGGAUGCAUAGUUGUUCAUGA